AUGUCCGCCACGGCUCCGGCCACGGUUGCGACCACGGCCAGCUCCCCCAAAGAGCGCCAUUCCCUCACCCUCGACCAGCGUCGUGCCCUCCGUAGAUGGGCCAAUGCGCAGACCGUCCGCCCUUCUCACAAGGCGUGCAUCGAGUGGUUCCUGGGCCAGUAUCACCAGACAAUCAGCCAGUCCACCGUGUCGCAUUCGCUGUCGCCCAAAUACGCCCGCCUCGACGGCGAUCCUCAGCUGUCUGGCUCGCGCCUCAGAUUCGGCAAUUGGCCCGAUGUCGAGAAGCUGGUGCUGCUAUGGCACCAGUCCAUGGUGAACAGCGGCCGCCAGCCGUCCAACGAGGAGCUGGCUGAGAAGGCAAAGUCGAUCUUCUCCGAACUGCCCAGAUACAAGGACGAGCAGCCGCCCGAGUUCUCUCCCGGCUGGAUCCAUCGCUUCAAGAAGCGCUACGGCUUGCUCAUCCGUCGCCAGCGCCGCCAUGGCAGCACCGCGACGCAGGGAGACGACAUCCCCUACCUCGUCGACACCGUCCCGCGCUUCAUGAACAUCAGCGCAGACACCUCCCCGGCUGCCAUCCGGGACUCUGUCCAUCGCAUCGUCGGCGUCGAGCCCAGCCUCACCACCUGCGCGCGCGUGCGCGACGAGAUCGUGCAUCGCAUGGUCGGCACCCCUCACCCGACCCACCACCACCAGCAGCACGAGCCGCCGCCCAUCAACGGAGACCCGCUACCGCCGCCGCCCCCUGCCCCCGUCGAAGGCGAGGUGUACGGCGACGACGAUCCAGAGGUCGUGCUGCAAAACGCCCUCCGCGCCAUGCAGCAGGAGGAGGCCGAAGCCGAGGCCAACGCCGCCGAGGCACGAGCCGAGCGAGAGCGCGCCGACCGCGGACUGCCGCCUCUCAUGGGCCUCGCCGGCCAGGCAUACGCACAGCACGCGGCGGCCGGUGCACUGGCGUCCACGCCCACGCCCGUGCGCGCGAGCGUAGGGCCGCCGCCGCCGCCCAGCGCCCCUCCCAGCGGACGGUACUCGCAGGCGGACGACCUCACCCUGACGCCCAUCCCGGCCAACGGGCCCCUGUCCUCCCACGAGCGGCCGAUGCGGUGUCCCUUCUGCGUCAACCAGCGCAUGCUGCGCACCAUCAAGGAGGCGGUCGAGCACAUGUCUUCGCAUGUGGUCGUUGACUAG